AUCCGGCAGGUUCGUCAUCAGCUUUGAGUGCAAGUCAUCCUGCCUGUACGGUUUUCUGUAGCACUGUCUUUGAGUCAUAAAUAACGAGGAAAUAAAUCAAAUUGUCGCUUGUGUUUAGCAACUUGUGAGUUAGCCGCAAAACAGCAGCAUGAACAGCAACGGACAGACUUUGCUGGAUCACGCCAAGAAUCUGAGGCUCCACACGGGCAAUCUGGUGAACAGAAACCGACUAAAAAAGAAGUGUCCGUCUUCUCCCAGCGAAGAGUUGCAAGACUGCAUCCAAGCCACACUGAGCAAUUGGUUUUCCUCUGCACAGCUGCCAUCCGUGGAUAACCCUCCAGAUACUCUGGACUGUUCCAUUCCCCAGGCAACGGAUACUAUCAUACCUGAAGAGAGGGAGGAGCUGAAGGUUUCUGCCAAGCUGUUCCUGUGCGAGUCUGUUCCGUCGUCUAUCAAAGACGCAGUUGAGCUGGCCUGUCAGACGCUGGGGGUGUUACAGCUCGAUUCUGUUAUCAUUGCCCCACCUGGACUGUCUGAGGAUAACAGCCAAACUUUGGCUCAUCUUCAGCCGGCCUGGGAGGAGCUGGAGGCUCUGGUCAGGAGCCAGCGGAUUGCAGCCAUUGGCACCUCUGACCUGGACAAAGACCUGCUGGAGCAGCUGUACAACUGGUCUCAGGUGAAGCCCAGCAGUAACCAGGUGAACCUGGCCUCCUGUUGUGUGAUGCCUCCUGACCUGACGGCGUUCGCUAAGGAGUUUGACAUCCAGCUCCUCACACACAAUGACCCAAAAGAGCUGAUGCCUGCAGCUAUGUUCCAGGAAGCGAUGCAGGAGGGAAUGCCAGACCUGGUCGUUACUAACUGGAGACUGGAGUGGGUGUUGCGUUACUCCAUCAUCGUCAAGUGCAGAGGCAUCAUCAAGGCGAAGGGCUACCUUGUCAGCGUGAGGAAAGUAAUCCUCUAACACCGCCCGCAAGGGAAGGA